AUGUCCAAACACGUGGCAUUUGAUGAUGGUGAACAUGCUCCAAAACGCGUCAGGAUCGAUGUCGAUGACGGAAAUUGUCAGCUGUCGCCAUUGGCAGACCCAGCCGCAUGGGAGAUUCUUGAGCAGUAUCUCACCACGGAUAUGACGUACCCUCAGAUGGAACAGGUGUUUUCUGCUUACCUCGGCAACCAAUACGUUGCAGACGACUGGAAUGAUGCCAGAGAUGCAUUGUUUUCUGGUGAUGACGAUAAUAGCAUCGCCUUGGCAAACCUCCACGCCCUGAAGACCAGUCACAUACCCCUUCCCUCGUCUUCAUCAAGGACGGGCAGUUUAUUGUCAAGAACUUCCGUUCAACAACUCCGUAGAUGCUCUCAAUUGGUCGCUCAAUCACUCGUGUUCAAUGAUCGGGUAGACGUCCCGAAUCCAUACAUCAUCACUGAAGCAGAUGAAGACGACGAGGAAGAAGAAGAUGAUGAUGAAGAAAGGGGGAGUGAUGGCGUUUCUGAGCAGUCAUUGAAGGUUGUGCGCAAUUUUGGACCAUCAGCCAAGGAUAGGUUGGCUGCAACAUUCAACAACAUUUUCGAUCGGGUUGAAGGAACCGCACCUAGUUUAUCAGAAUUGUGCCAAGCUCGCCAUUGCAUCGCUGUCCCGUCCUCCCGUGUGAUCGGAGGCAGAAUGUAUUGCCUUCAUGUCAACAGUACAUUUUCGAAACUAAUUUUGGCGCAACAUAUCUCUCAUGACAUGCCAGGAAGUAGCACAGAUUAUAUUGCCGAGCACCUUUGUCAUCAAGGGUUUCAUGUUACGGUGUCGAUUUGGACGGCAGGUCAGCUCUACGUUGUGGCAGAUAGCCCCAGAACUAUCACAGCAUCACUUCCAACCUCGCACACUUUCGCAGUCAAACAGUAUGUUCUAAUCCCAGAUGAAGAACGCGAAGCGGUCGAUAAUUCUUGCACCAAACUCCCCAACCCAGCGCGAAGCGACAUGGAUGUUCCACUCGAGGAUGUGGAGCGUGUCUUUUGUGUCGGCGAUGAGGUUAGAGUGGUAGCAGGUUCAUACAUGGGGUUGGAGGGGCAUAUUGUUCAGAUUAGUGAUGAUAUGUUUCACGUUUGUCAGGAUGUUUCCAAGGAAGAGGUACUCAUUUCAAGGUACUACGUAGACCGUCGCCCCUUGCAUCACAUGCUUCAAACAUGGCUACCCUCGCUGCAACACUUGGAGCCUCUUCCUGAGGCCGAAUCUAUACAAAUCGGGGACCAUAUAGAAGUGCUUGCAGGUCCACACUUCAAGAAAUGCGGCAUCGUGGAGUGGAUUGCUAUGAAGGGAACCAUGUUGUGGUUCUGGGACACGAAUCCUCUCUUGGUUGGGGAUGACGUUGAGCCUAGUGUUGGACCAUCAAGAAUUUGUGUUCCCGUGACAAUUGUUCAGCGGACCAAGCUCCCAACUACGAUAAUAUUCACCAAGGAAAGGGGGUAUGAUGUAAAGGCUGGAGACAUGGUGAGUGUUGCCCACAGGCCAGAGUAUCAGAGGAGAGGGGUUGUGCAGAGUGUCGAUUUUCCAAACGCGUGCUUGACCCUUCUAUCUGACGGUGAUCACACCCUCGUCGAAGUCCCAAUCACAUUUGUAACAAAGCGCCGCAAUGUGAACUUAGAUUCAUUCAACAAGUUUAUUCGCCAAGAAGUGUUCAUUGUUGGGGGCGACCUGAAAGGUUACCGAGCGACAUUAGCUCCCGACACUUGCACCAUCGCUGUGCAUGGGCAAGCGCGCACUACUGUCAGAUGCCGUGACGUUGUCACGAGCUAUGGAAUGAGAUUAAAUGGUGUUAUACUGGAGGGACUAGAGAUGAUUUCAUUCUGCGAAAUCCGGAGAAGAUCAUACACAACAACAACGGCGCCACAGCGGAGUGUCACUCCACCACCUGAACGAAUUCCAUCUACCUUGCCAGCUAAUAAUCUGUCAUGGGCUUCCUGGAGCUUCAACCCAGAAGAUAUUGCAGAUCGUCCCCCAUUGCAUGUCACUCCCCACACCUCGGAAUAUAACCCUUGGGUUGUCAACCCCGAGGACACUCAAGAUGAAAUCGAUACUGGAGCGGAGAAACUUUCAGACAAUGUAUCGUUGCCUUGGUUGAUGGGGAAGGAGUAUUCAUCAAUGUUCCUUCUUCAUCAUGUGGUGCUCAAAGUUUCGGUGCGCUUUAUGGGAGGCAGGUUACACAAAUGA